ACAGCAGCCCUGUGCACAGAGAAAGGGUCCUGGAGGGGAGGUGACUGUCCAGCCACAGCAGCCCUGUGCACAGAGGGAGGGUCCUGGAGGGGAGGUGACUGUCCAGCCGCAGCAGCCCUGUGCACAGAGGGAGGGUCCUGGAGGGGAGGUGACUGUCCAGCCGCAGCAGCCCUGUGCACAGAGGGAGGGUCCUGGAGGGGAGAGCUUGCUGGGAAGCAGCAGAUGUCCAAGGUACACAGAGAGCGAAACCCCUCCUGCCUCCCAAAAGAAAUAGAUUUCUUCCAGCAACAGACACCACCCUUGGGCGCAACACCCAAGCUGGCAGCGUCUUCCCCAGACUGGCAGGGGGCAGGGGAGGAUACGACUUUCCUCACCAUGGACUUUCACUCGCUGAAUUUGAACAACCAGUUACCACAGGUAAGCACAAAGGAUGCCAAAAACAACCUGUACAACCAGCAUGAGGAGAAGGUGCGGCCCUGCAUCGACCUCAUUGACUCCCUGCGUGCCCUGGGCGUGGAGCAGGACUUGGCUCUGCCAGCCAUUGCUGUCAUCGGGGACCAGAGCUCGGGCAAGCGCUCUGUGCUGGAGGCGCUGUCGGGAGUCUCCCUUCCCAGAGGCACCGGAAUUGUGACCAGGUGUCCAUUGGUGCUGAAGCUGAAAAAGCAGCAGGGCCUGGGCGAGUGGGCAGGGAGAAUCAGCUACCGGAACAUGGAGCAGCAGCUGCAGCACCCCGCCGAGGUGGAGCCCGAGAUACGCAAAGCCCAUGUCAUCCUGGCCGGGAAUGGUGUUGGCAUUAGCCACGAGCUCAUCAGUCUGGAGAUCACAUCCCCUGAAGUUCCGGAUUUGACCAUCAUUGAUCUUCCUGGCAUCGCCAGGGUGGCGAUAGGCAACCAGCCCCCGGACAUCGGACUGCAGAUCAAGGCUCUCAUCAAGAAGUACAUCCAGAGGGAGCAGACCAUCAACUUGGUGGUGGUCCCCUGUAACGUGGACAUUGCCACCACAGAGGCACUGAGCAUGGCUCAAGAGGUGGACCCCGAUGGAACCAGGACCAUAGGGAUCCUGACCAAACCCGACCUAGUGGACAGGGGCACUGAAAAAGGAGUCCUGAAUUUGGCACAGAACCUCGUGUACCCUCUCAAGAAGGGCUAUAUGAUCGUCAAGUGCCGGGGCCAACAGGAUGUCAUAAACAAGAUGAGCUUGGCAGAGGCAACCAAGAAGGAAAUGGAAUUUUUUGAAAAGCAUUCGCAUUACAGAAUUCUCCUGGAGGAAGGGAAGGCCACGGUGCCCUGUCUGGCAGAAAGACUCACCAUGGAGCUGGUCGUGCACAUCAAAGAAUCAUUCCCAGUGUUAGAAAAUCAAAUAAGGGAGCAAUACCAGAGGGCAACAGAGGAGCUGCGCGGGUAUGGGGCCGACGUCCCCAGCGAGGAGGCCGAGAAGAUGUUCUUUCUCAUAGAGAAAAUUAGGAUGUUUAAUCAGGACAUUGAAAAGUUAAUACAAGGAGAAGAAGCCAUCAAGGAGAAUGAGAGCUGCUUAUACAACAAACUCAGAAAGGAAUGGAAACACUGGAUGGAAGUGCUGGCAGCCAACACCCGUAAAAUCAAAAAUAUUAUCCAUGAAGACAUCACAAGAUAUGAAAACCAGUAUCGUGGCAAAGAGCUUCCGGAGUUUCUGAACUACAAGAUGUUCGAGAUCAUUGUGCAUCAGUACAUCCAGCAGCUGGUGGACCCCGCACUUGACAUGCUCCAGAGGGUCGCUGAAAUUGUCCAUCAAGUUUUCAUUGAUAUGGCCCAAAAACAUUUUAGUGAAUUUUCCACCCUUUGUCAAGAAGCCCAGAGCAAGAUUGAAAUCAUAAAAGCCAAAGAGGUAGAAAACGCUGAAAAGAUGAUCCACCUUCAGUUCGAAAUGGAGCAGCUGGUUUAUUGUCAAGAUCAGAUUUACAGCGUUUUACUGAAGAAAGUCCGAGAAGAGAUUUUUAACCCAAUGGCGAAGGGGACUCAGAAUAUUCAGUGGACUCCUCCAGUUCCAAAGGACCAGGUCUCCUGCAUCACCGAGAUUGCUGUCCACCUGAACACAUACUUCAGGGAAACCAGCAAACGACUCGCAAACCAGAUCCCAAUCAUAAUCCAGUAUUUUAUACUCCGAGUGAAUGGUGACUGGUUGCAGAAAGCCAUGAUGCACAUGCUGCACAAAACAGACAACUAUUCGUUGUUGAUUCAAGAACAGAGUGAGACCACCAGCAAGAGAAGAUUCCUGAAGGAGAGAAUCCAGCGGCUCACUCAGGCCAGGAAGGUUCUCAGUAUAUUCUCUAUGAAAUUGUUCCACUGAAGGGGCACAAUGCUUUCGGCUGUUUUCUUACCUGUAUUCAUUCAUCUACAUCCAUUCAUUGUAAGGGGAGGUGGUGGAGGAUGGACGUUGUUCUGCUUUGAGGCCAGGCUCAGCAGCUGGCUGCGUCUAUCUUCGCUGUGCUACCCUCCAUCAGAUUAUGAGACCCUGGCCGGGGGUGGGGGGAGGUCUGUAUUAUAUUCUUCUUUUGUUACUUCCAGAAGUUUGCACAGCACCUAGUACAUAGUUAUCCAUGCAUAAAUGAUAUCUCACUGGACAAAUGAGUGCGGUGGAGUGAUGGAGAUGCCUAAGGCUAUCACUUAAGUUCAGUGCCCCCUAACUGGUCGAUUUCAGCUGCAUCGAGUCAUGCGACCUGUGCCCACCAUUCGCUGUAAUCCUGUAAUCCCAGCACCUGCUUCCUGCAGAAAUAAGCCUGAGCGAUAUUGUUUUCUCCUUGAGUUUCUGGAUGGCCCUGAGCCCCUGCUGCAUUAUAAGGUCUUGAAGAGGAAUUUGAUAAGGAGAACCUUUUAUAAAAGUAUACAGAGCCUCGCGCUGGUGAUCAUCUCUAGAUUGGAAGAUUGUGGGUAAUUUUAGGUUUUCCUUUAGGCUUUCGUGUAUGUUCUUAAUGCUGAGCAUGGAUUCCUUAAUAAAAAAAAUAGGAAAAA